UCCCCUGUUGUAAUUCCCGGGUCGGAGACGGCGAGACAGAGACAUCCAGAAGGACGGAGUGUUUAACGGACAGAAAACUCCAGAUCAAGUAAAUAAUGACCACAUGCCAGCCGAGAGACAAGUAAACAACAAUAAGAAACAGCAGUGUUGUCCCGACAGGAAUCAACAGUUACCCAACGUGUCAACAUCAAUCUGCAAAAUGGCGGAGUCACCCUCGUCUAGACCAACGAAAGUGAUAGACUUCCAAAAUUGCGAAGAAAUUCAAGUUGGUGACAACAACAUCACCAACAAAAUAUUCAACAACUGUAUAAUAAACAUCAACAACUACUACAACCAACCUCCUCCCCCAACAGCUGAUGCAGACCACACAACUGAACCUUAUCUCCGUCAAGUCCAAGUUCAGGUUAAAAAGAAGGCCAAGAACAAUGGCCGAUCUGCAACGGCCCCAGGCAGACCACGUGACCAAGGGCCAGCCUCUCAUGCAGUGACGAUCACCACCCAGACAGUGGUGGACAGUGAGGGGAGUGUGCUCGAGCCGGGGGGUGGUGUGGAGAUAGGCAGCAAAGCAAACUAUAACUACGGUAUCUUUGUUGGAGACGGCAUGGUCGUCACAGUAGACAAGAACACAAGGAAGGUAGUAAAGGUGCCACUGGACGUUAAAGAGCCUUUCAAGGAAUAUUGGGCAAUGUAUUUAUUUUUCAGUUUCCCGAACUAUGACAGGGUGCAGAAGGUACAGCGAGCUACAGGAAGAGUCGGACAGGUGUUUGAUGGUGAUGACGAAGACUUUGUAUGGUGGUGUUACACAGGCAGGAAAUCGUUCUGGAGUAAUGUGGUAUCAGUGUUACAGAACUGACGACAUCCGACAACAGUACAACACGUUGGUCGCCAUGCUGAACUGAUAUGAUGGACGCCUGCCAGUUUUAAAUCUCUUUGUAUAUUCUCAACUACAUGUGGUGUGUAUCAACAUGAAAACUGCACAUAUGUAGUGUUCGUAUUUGUAUGCCAGACUGUAUUUAACAGUGUAUAUUGUAAAAAUGUUCUUGUUUGUUUCACUCAUGAUCAGCUUGUAAAUGUGUUUCAAUGCUGGGAUAAAAACGGAUCACUUUUUGCCAGCAUCUCAUCAUCAUCUUUAAUUUCAGUGAGUUUAUGGCGACACGUAUCAUCCUUCUGUCCAUAGUUACCGGAUAGGGUCAAAAUAUUAUAAACGUUACACAGUAAAGCGCAGUUCUACCAUGAAUAUUUAAAUUACUCGAUUCUGAUUGGUAAAUCAGAGGCUAUUAAAUUACAAUAAACCCCCUCUGAUUGAAA